AAUGGUCUCUCCAGCUAAAAUCUCUUUCUUGAUCUGGGUCCACUGUAAUAUACCUCGUAAGCAUCUAUGGAAGGUCCAAGUCAGAAAAAUGAGCAGAAAUACAAAGGAGUCAGGUUGAGAAAAUGGGGAAAAUGGGUUUCUGAAGUGAGAUUGCCUAAUAGCCGUGAGAGGAUAUGGUUAGGCUCGUUCGAUACGGCUGAGAAAGCUGCAAGGGCUUUUGAUGCUGCGCAGUUCUGCCUCCGAGGGCCGAACGCGAAGUUUAACUUCCCAGAUAGCCCGCCGAAUAUAUCCGGCGGGCAAAGGCUUCGGCCCUCGGAGAUACAGGCUGUUGCAGCUAGGUUUGCGAAUAAUUAUGUUUACUCGCAGUCAGUUGUACAGGACGUACCACUACCAUCGCAUCAUGGACAUCAAGAGGGCAAUAUUAUGGCAAAUAUUAAUUCACACGUGAUAAAUAUGGAGAAAGAUGAAACGUCACUAUCAUCGACUACUUGUUGUGACGUACCACCAGUGGUCCAAAUGGAUGCCACUAUUAAUCCUGCUGAUAUGGACUGGGCUUUUUUUGAUAUGUUGGAGGAUUAUCCACAUCUAACUAGCGGGCCUGGUGGGCCUACAUCUGAUUUUUUUUGUGGUCCAUAUUCUGGGACUAGUUUUGAUUAUGGAUAUUAUCCGGGAGGACUGUCAAGUAAUCUCUACUCACCACCACAUUUCCCACAAAGAACAACUCCUAAUUAUGAUGAACAUGGCCAUGAUGAUGAUACGGGCAAUGGUGGAGAUGAACAUUACUCUCAACAAUCCUUCCUCUGGAACUUUUAACUAAAAAUAUACAAGUCCUACUACUAGUUAUUGGUUAACCAGCAUCAUAUAUGGCAAAUAUUAGUAAUUGCUAUGCUUGCUUGUUUUUAUCCAUUGCUAAGUGAUGGGUGGCUAUAUAUAUUAAGUGGGGAUACGUAAUGAUCUUUUCCGGUUUUCUUAUAGUAAUUUUUUUGCUGGAAAGAAGAGAUAUAUAAGCCUCGGUUUAUAGAUUCUGGGAUCGAUGUAUUUUGCUUCGUUGCCUUUGCCAGCUAUAAGCAUGCAUGUAUCAGUAUCUGUCUUAGAUAUAAUGAAUAAAUUGUUGUUUUUCCAA